UCGUGCUUGCACGCAAGGAGUCCCUUCCCUCCCCACCAAUUCGGCUUGCACGCUACUCUUUCAGUUCCCUGCCUGGUACGAUUGACCUCGAGUGACGUUCCUCGGACGCGGGCUGGUAUUCGAAAUUCAGUGGGUGGGUGAUCGCGAUGCAAAGCUAGGGCGAACCGGUCUCUUGAGCCUUCCCCCUCCCCCCAUUUCCUCCCUGGGUUAUAACAUCCGACUUGACAUCACCUCACACGACAUUCUCGACACGCAAUCACACUUCUCGCGCGCCGAAUCUUCUCCACAUAAGACCCAAAACUCAUGGCCAUGGCUUCUGCGGCAUCAUCCCCUCAGCCGCAGCAGACGGCCUCCUCUGCGAACCUCACGGUCCUACCUCCGAUAGUCACAGAUGCUUCAACUAAACGGCCGGGCCGUCAACGCUCUUCUUCAUACGCCCGGGAACGUCUUUCCACACACUCGAAUGUCUCGCUCGCUUCACAUAACCGGUCACGGCCUGGAUCGCAUGUCUUUCCCAUCUUCCAUUCUAGCCUGUCAUAUGCUCUCGUGCGCGACUUCGCAUACCCACCGAUCCACCCACUUCACUAUGGUCCACUGCCUCCUCGUGUCUCUGUAGCAUCCACCCCGGCCAGUGAGCCACGACGCCUGUCUGACCCUCCGGCUCCAUGGGAUAGCUCGCGUGGUCAGUGGUCUAUGAGCCCAUGGAGCACUGAUCACAGCUACGGGCAUCAGCAGCUCCCUGCCAUGUCCUUUGGUGAUGGACCCCCAUACAGUGAAGACGAAGAUCUGCACAGUCCAGUUUUCUCCACACCCCACCACCGGAAAAACAAGUCCACUGGGACCGACCUAAAUGGACGUAAGGGCCGGAAGUCCAGUAAUCGUGCACACCACGGAAGUGUAUAUUACGAGAACGAUGCUGAACGGGGCAUGCUAGUGAGCAUGAAUGCCGAUGGCAGCGAGACCUAUUAUGUGAAUGAUGAUGACCAUGAUGAUAUGGACGACGGUCCCGGGGGCGAGUAUGUCACCUAUCCAGCCAGCGAAAGCCGGUACUCCCGUGCGGGCGGGUACGGCAACGAUCCGUCCUACGGGCACGACGGCGACUUCGAGUCCGAGGACGACUAUGGCACACAUCGGUAUUCGCGCGAUUUUCAAUUCGCGGUAGGAUGUCCGGACGAGGAGAUGCACGGCAAGGCGGUGGCGCUCUUCGACUUCACACGCGAGCAUGAGAAUGAGCUCCCUUUGACUGAAGGGCAAGUGAUCUUCGUGUCAUACCGGCACGGUCAGGGCUGGCUGGUAGCGGAGGACCCUCGGACGGGCGAGAGCGGACUGGUACCCGAAGAAUUCGUCCGGUUGCUUCGUGACAUCGAAGGAGGGUUGACGUCGUUGAACGGCGAGCCUGACCCGGAAGAUGAAGAAGAGGUUCAUCAACACGCAUACUUUGAUCCCAACUCGACCACAGGCUCUGAUCAACAAACGAUACCAUCUGCGACGAACGAGCAGUCACAACAGCAGCAAAAUCGUCCGGAGCCAACCUCUGCGUCCGCCGCCAACGGAGAGAAAGGGGAAGAGGUUGCUUCCAGUUCGUCGUUGCCCAGCGGUAGCAACUCCGAUUCGAACAUGUCACAUCUGAACCCGCCCCAAAAGCAGGGAAUCGAUGUCCCGGCCGAGAAGAACAGUCACAUCCAGGCUUGUUAAAACUAAUUCCUAUUGUAUAUGCCCCUCGCUAUCCUCCCAUUCACAGCACUUCGGAUUUACCUACCUACCUACCCAUACAUCCAAGGUAUAAAGAGGAACAGCCCCUUCAUUACCUAAACUCCUCCCCCAUCAAGACCUUUCAACCUUCCCCUCUAUCUUGGUUCCCGUGUGAAUAGCCAUACCAUGCCACAAGAGGCAGAAGGAAGAAGAAGAAGUGUUCGUCUAUAAUCACAUCCUGCAUCUAUAUUUUAUAACCCCAUCUCUCACUCACC